AAAAUAUGAAAAACGAAACUGAGCAUUAACAAUCUGAAACUCAUGAGACAUUGAUGUGAAAAUCCAAAAGUGUGUAUAAAUAAAAUGAAGUGGAAAAUGGAACAUUCCUUUCUUCUCAUACUCUCUGCUUUCCUGAGUUGUAUUAAUGGCGAACAAUCAUCCAUUUCAACCUCUGCCAAACUCCUAGACAUACCUGGUUUUGAAGGUAUAAUACACAAUAUCACUGUCGCAAUUGGUAGAGAGGCAGUUUUGAGUUGUUCUGUAACAGAUCUGGGACAUUAUAAGGUUGGGUGGAUGAAGGCUGAUGAUCAAACUAUUCUGAGUCUGCACACGAGGGUGAUAACGCACAAUCCCAGGAUAUCGGUCACUCAUGAUGAUAGCUUAAAAACUUGGCAGUUGAGAAUAAGGCAGUUGAAGGAAUCUGAUCGUGGGUGUUAUAUGUGUCAGAUAAAUACUUCUCAAAUGAAAAAGCAAGUUGGCUGUAUAGAUGUUCAAGUGCCACCCGAUAUCGAUGAUUCUGGGACCAGCGGGGAUGUCACGAUUUCAGAAGGCGAAAACGUCACGCUGUCUUGCAGCGCUACGGGACAUCCCGAACCUCGAAUACUUUGGCGGCGAGAGGAUGGUAAUCACAUUACACAGCACGUCUCGCCCCAAGAGACCCAGAAAGUGGACACAUAUAGCGGGUCCGAACUGAAUCUGCUCCACAUCGAUCGCUACCAAAUGGGCUCCUAUCUUUGUAUUGCCAGCAAUGACGUGCCGCCAGCAGUGAGUAAGAGGGUCACCCUUUUUGUGAACUUUCCCCCGAUUAUCCAAGUUGCAAAGCCAUUAGUGGGAUGCCCACAAACUUUCAACAUGAAGUUGAGAUGUGAAGUUGAAUCAUUUCCACCGUCACAUAAUUACUGGAUGAAGGAACGUGAUGAGAUCCUGCUAGAAGGGGGAAAGUAUACAAUUAUCGAAAAGAGGAGUGGAACGAAGUGUGCCAUGAUCCUCACAAUCCACAACGUGUCGCAUGAAGAUUACGCCAGCUACACUUGCGUUGCAUCAAACCUGAAAGGAAAAUCGGAUGCGACUAUACGACUUUAUGAAAUUGUGCUGACGACAACAACAACUACUACUACCACAACAACAACAACAACCACAGCUACUCCACCGACUACAAUAACGAACCUCAUUUUAGAAAUCACCAGAAGCAGCGAACGUCCAUCCAUUUCCAUAUCGAAUUUCAUCGGUGGGCCAAACGCCGAGGACGUCAGACAUCCAGACUGGUUUUAUCCAAGCGCUGCACCAGAGCCAUUAGAAUUGGAAACCAUUUCUGGAAUGAGUCCAUCCACCGAAAUUACUUCUCAUUAUCAUAUCAUAACACUCUCUAUAUUGUUCGCUCUCAGGUGACAUAUCUGUUAGUAUGCAGAUACAUCAAAUCUUUAAUAUCGCUAAUGCUCCCCUUGUCCUUAAGAUUAGUUACGAGUUUUAUAAAUGAAUAUAAUGAAAUCAAAUUUAUAUCUGUGACAUUCAUAUCAUUGUAAAAAUUGUAAUGAAUUUCGAUAUCCAUCACACAUAUAUCUUCGUGAAUCCCCUCUAAUGAUUUUUUCAUUUUCAAAACCGUCAAAACGUUGUCAAAAUGCAAAAAUGUUCGGCCCUAUAGCAACUCGAAUAAAAAAUCCUAUACACUUAGGUAUUAACCAAACAAUGUUUGAACGUGCAGACGUAUUUAACGAAUAUAAUGUCCUUCGAUAUAAAAAAUAAUUUUUGAAUAGUUUCUCUGCUUGAAAAUUUCGUUUAUUUCAAUAUUCUGAUUGCUGCACAUUAUGGAGUCUAAAUAUCCAUAUGAAAAACUCUUUAAUUUUAUUUAUUCUGAAUCCUUAACUACAAACAUCAAAUUCUUAGUAGGUACCCUUUUACACAUUUUCAGAAAUACUUUCCUCCUACAACUAAGCUUUAUAUGAGGCGUUUUUCUCUUCAGGUGUAUAAAUGAUCGUACUCUUUUUAUGAGAAUCUUCUAUGGCUUGCCUACAGAAUGCAAAAUGAGAUCGGAGGAUUAAAAAGUGCAAUUUUCCCGGAAUAGAUAAAAGAUUAAAAUGGAGAUAAAUACAUCAUAUUUCAAGUAGCUUGUCGAGAUUAGUUAAUGAAAUCAUAAUUAAAAAAAAUAAAAUUUGAAUAAUGCUUCUGAAGACCGAAUAAUGCUCUGGUACAGAAAAAUUCGUUCACUUGAGAAAUCUAUAUUAUCUUAAAUACAUGCAAGUAAGAUUUGAUAGAAUAAUAUGCAGGAUGGAAGAUCAGUGAAGAGAAGACAUGGAACUUUCAAAAUUGUAAUAAUAUAUUUUGAACUGGAAGAGAAACAUGUUGAGUCAGCCUCUUAGCAGGAAAAAAGAUGACUUUAAAUUUGAGUUCCAAAAUAUGGAUAGAUAUAACUUGAUAAUACCCGGGUUUGUCAACAAAGUGUGUGCGCAUCGCCUUUCAGUACCCACAAUAUGCAUUACAAUGAACCUCUAGAGGCGACAAAAAAGUCAAAGGAAGUGGAAAAUGGUUGAAAUUCCAGUAAAGGUGCAGUUGAAUUUCAAUUUGAUCCUGCUGAAGAACAUCCGUAUAUAUAAAAAAGAAAAAAACAUUAUUUGCUAUUUCCGGAAACGUUUGAUAGAGUAUCCUAGUUGUUUUAAUUUUAUUUCCACAGAAAAUUAUAUAACAUUCAGAAUGUGGAUGAAUAUCGAAUUUCACUGAAUUUCUGUACAUAAUAAAAGAAACUAGACUAAUUAAGAUAUAGGUAAAUAUAACUGUUGUAAUUAAUAGGUCCCAUAAAUUUAUUAAGUAUGUGUCAAACCGAACGAAGAACCCAAUUUUAACAAAGUUGAAUUAGGUGGUUAUUAUGUAAUCUAUAUAUUAUGUUUGUAUAUAGCCCGAACGGCACAUUCAUAUUGUUGAAUAAAUUAUGAUACUAAUUUAUUA